GCCUGCAAGAUAUGGAAGGAGGAGGGAGGAGGAGGGAGGGGGAGGACAAGGCAAGAGAGGUUCGGUAUCGGGGAAUUCGGAGACGGCCAUGGGGGAAGUUUGCAGCGGAGAUACGAGACCCUUCAAGGAACGGGGCGCGGUUGUGGCUAGGAACAUUUGACACUGCGGAGGAAGCAGCCAGGGCCUAUGAUCGAGCAGCCUAUGCUUUUCGAGGUCAUCUGGCCAUUCUCAACUUCCCCAAUGAACACCAGUAUCAAAACCCAGGGUAUGGGCAGACUUUCUCUUCAUCAUCAUCCUAUUCUUUGGGUUCUUCAUCUUCAUCUUCCGCUGGUCGGAGCACCGGUUCUGGGGCCAGCAUUUCAUCCAGAGACCAAGAAGGGCAAGUGAUUGAGUUCGAGUAUUUGGACAACAACUUGCUGGAGGAGCUUCUUGAACCACAGGGUGAUAGGAGAGGAAAUAAUUAGCUAAAAUAUAGAAGUUGAAGUGGAAUUGGAGACUUACAUUCCUUUUUUCAUUGUUAUUUGUCAUGAAUGGAACUGUGUCUUCAACAACAUUUUUAAAGUUAAUGUAAUAAGAACCACAAUCAUUUCAAUUUUGUGGAAGUUGUUCAAUUAUGAAAAUCACAAUGUUUAUGUGUA